AUGGCCCUCGCAAAUCCAGUCCGCCGAGUUGCAGUCAUUGGAGCAGGGCCAUCUGGCCUUGCCUCGUUGAAGUUCCUAUUGGCAGAAAAACACUUCGAGCGUAUCGACGUGUUCGAACAAAGAAGCUCGGUUGGAGGCGCCUGGAAUUACAGUCCCAGCUCCGCGAAAGCUGGGCUGGCCACGACUGUCCCUCAGCUUGAUCCAUAUGAACCGGCGGAGAAGCCGACCUGGAUCAAAGAAGCAGAUGGCUCAUCCGGCGCCGUCUUCGUGUCACCUCUGUAUGACAGACUCGAAACCAAUAUUCCAAAAGAGCUAAUGCGCUUCUCUGAUCAGCCUUUUCCGCGGGAUGCGCAGCUCUUCCCCAAGCAUCACACUGUGAAGCAGUACUUGGAGGAUUAUGCCGAGGCUACAAAAAGCCAUAUCCACUUUGAAACCCAGGUUUUGGAUGUCAAGUUGAGUGACCCCAAGCUGAGCACUUGGGAUGUUACGACAAAGGAUCUCCAUAAAGGCCAGGAUACUACUCAAACUUACGAUGCAGUGGUCGUGGCAAGUGGGCACUUCACCGUUCCUUAUCUCCCCGACAUUCCUGGGAUCGGAAAUUGGGAUCAAUCGUACCCCGAGACAAUCUCACACUCCAAAUUCUACGACACACCUGAGCCUUUUGCGGGCAAGAAAGUCGUUGUAGUAGGAAAUUCUGCCUCGGGGCUUGAUAUUGGCGCCCAAAUAAACACAGUGUCCGCUGGCCCGAUUAUUGCGUCGCAACGCUCAGAGUCAUAUUUGGCUGCAUCUGCCCCAUCUGAUAAGAUCAUCUGCCCCGAGAUUGCUGAAUUCCUUUCACCAACCAAGUACAACCGAGGCCUUCGAUUCGCUAAUGGCCAUAUUGAAGAAAACGUUGAUGCGGUCGUUUUCUGCACGGGCUAUUUCUAUUCGUUCCCCUUCCUUUCAUCUCUAAAUCCAGCAGUUAUCACACAUGGAUGGAGAGCCAUGCACGUCUAUCAGCAAUUGUUUUACUCUGAACAUCCUACACUGGUGUUUCCAGUUCUUGCACAGCGUGUGAUUCCAUUCCCAAUGGCGGAGAACCAGGCAGCUGUCUUCUCCCGUGUUUGGUCUCAACGACUCGAGCUCCCUUCAAAGGCAGAGAUGCAGGCAUGGGAAGAUACACAAGUGGCAAACAAGGGAGAUGGGAAGCAAUUCCAUCUACUUCCAUUCCCAAUGGAUGCGGAUUAUUUGAACUUCAUGUAUACCUGGGCUGCAUCAGCUAAACCACGCCCAGGGCUCUCGAAUGGUGGGCAUGGCAAACAGGGGGUGUUUUGGGGAGAGCGGGAACGGUGGAUGCGUGCAUUAUUCCCUGAUAUAAGGAGAGCCUUUGUACAGAGAGGCGAUCGGAGGGCUAGCGUCAGGACUCUUGAGGAGCUUGGCUUUAUCUUUGAUGACCAGAAACUAAAGAGUAGUAUAUAG